UAUAUUAUAUGGCCCGGAACAAUUCAAUCGUGGAUUUGGAAGAGAGAUGGCGGAUGUGGCGCCGGUGCCGUACUGCGUAUGUCAGAACACGGAUGGAGCGGGAAUCAUGAUCGAAUGCAUCCGCAACACGGGUGGUUGCAAUGGAUGGGUGCACCCUGCAUGCUGCGGAUUACUCCUGACGGAAGACGAGCUCGAAGCGAUCGACAGCUACAUCUGUCCCAUGUGUGAAUUGCCCACCGACGACUACACGAAGAUGAAAGCGGUCAACACGAAACGUGCGAACAAGAUUGCCAUGAAAGCCCGCGACCAAAAAGGUAGUGCAUCGACAGGAAGCAGCAAAAAGGACAAGAAACGAAAGCGGGACGACAAGGAGGACAAGGACGGCGGCGUGUAUCGAUGGAAAUGCAAGAUGUGUGCGCACAAGAACGAUCCUUCGAGCAUAACAUGCAUUUCGUGCGACGAACCACGCAAAAAGCACAAGCACAAAAAGACGUCUUCGUCGUCGCGUGAUAACGAUGGCAACGACACGGACGGCAAGAAAAAGAAGAAGCGCGAGAAGAAGGAGAAGAAACACAAGGAAGCCCGGCGCAGCCAUCGCAGCGACUCGAGUACAAAGAAGGCGUAUCACGUGCCCGGGUCGGACGAAGACGAUGUCUCAGACGGGGGGUCCGAGUCCGAGUUCAACCCGCCACCGGUCGUGGGCGUAUCAUCCGUGGACUCACCUGUUGUGGCCGGGACGACGGCCGAUGUCGCACUUCCGUCCACGAAUGUAAACGACGGCGCGGCGGUCGUCAUGACGAUUGAAAAGAUCAUGGGGCACAAACCGGCCGAUCCAGCAACAGUUGGCGCCACACUCGCGUCGGCGUUUGUGUACUUGAUCAAGUGGAAGGGCUACUCUUACAUCCAUGCCACGUGGGAGUCGGAGGCGACGCUGCUGCAGAUCGACCCGAACAACAAGCACAAGAUCAAGCGGUACUUGGAAAAGGCGCACGUCUCGUCGAAUGGUGUACCCCGCGCGCUGGACACGGAAGACGAAGUGGAGUACUUCAACCCGGAGUACCUUGAGAUCCAUCGCAUCCUCGACAUGCGGCGCGAGCCACCCACGGACCAAGUCGACGACGGAUGGCGGUACUAUAUCAAGUGGCGCGUGUUGUCGUAUGCCGAGUGCAGCUGGGAGCGCGCGUGUGACAUUGUCGACGAUGACGCGGUCAAGAAGUACCGAAAGCGGUCGACGGUACCGGCGGACGACCCGAAAGCACCGCUCGAUCCAUUGGCGCGACCGUCGCUCCGCGAGUACAAGAAGCUCGAAAAGUCGCCCGUGUUUGGCGAAGAUAAAACGUUUACGCUUCGCGCGUAUCAGCUAGAAGGCCUCAACUGGCUCCGGUGGAACUGGUACAACAGUCGGCCGAGCAUCCUGGCCGACGAAAUGGGGCUCGGCAAAACGAUUCAAACCCUUGCAUUUCUCGACGACUUGCGCGUGGUGCAGCACCUCCCAGGCCCAUUUCUUGUGGUCGCGCCGCUCUCGCUGAUUGCUCAGUGGCAAAGCGAGUGCGAGACGUGGACAGACAUGGACUGCGUCGUAUACCACGGGUCGUCCGAGGCGCGCGAAAUUAUCCAGCGCUUUGAGUUUUACCACUUGAUGAACGGCAAGGUCGACAAGAAGAAAGGAUUCAAAUUUCACAUACUCGUCACGACGUACGAGAUUGCAAUCAAGGACAUUGCGCUGCUGAGCAAGAUCCAGUGGCAAUGCCUUGUCGUGGACGAAGCGCACCGACUAAAAAACCAAAGCAGUCGCCUCGUCGAGCAGAUGCGAAGCCUGCGGCGCGCGUACUGUGUGCUCUUGACGGGAACGCCGCUUCAGAACAAAACAGAAGAACUGUGGGCGCUGCUCAAUUUCCUCGACCCCGCGGCAUUUCCGUCCCUGACAACGUUUCUUGGUCAGUUUGGCUCUCUCCAAGAUGCGGGCCAAGUCGCCGACCUACACAAACUGCUCAAGCCGUACCUGCUCCGCCGUGUCAAGGAGGACGUGGAGAAGUCGUUGCCACCUAAGGAAGAAACGAUCAUUGAAGUCGAACUUACGGCGGUCCAAAAGCAAUGGUAUCGCGCCAUCUACGAACGCAAUACGGCAUUCCUCAUGCGGGGCCAAGGCAGCAACAACAUCCCGAACCUCAUGAACGUCAUGAUGGAACUGCGCAAGUGCUGCAACCAUCCGUAUUUGAACAACGGCGUGGAGGAAGCGAUCUGCGAAGGCGCCACGACCGACGCUGACCGCUUUGACAUGCUCGUCAAGUGUUGCGGGAAAAUGGUCCUGUUGGACAAGCUCCUGCCAAAGCUGAAAGAAGGCGGCCACAAGGUCCUCAUCUUUAGCCAAAUGGUUCGUGUGCUGGACCUCCUCGAGGACUACAUUCGUGGCAUGGGCUACUUGUACGAACGCCUAGACGGAAAUAUUCGAGGCAACGAGCGCCAAGCAGCAGUGGAUCGAUUCGUCAAGCCAGAAUACCAGCGCUUUAUCAUGAUGCUGAGUACCAAGGCGGGCGGGUUGGGGCUCAACUUGACAGCGGCGGACACCGUUAUCAUCUACGACUCGGACUGGAACCCGCAGAACGAUCUCCAAGCUCAAGCGCGAGCGCAUCGCAUCGGACAGACCCACUCGGUCAAGAUCUACCGCUUGAUCACACGCAAGACGUACGAAAUGCACAUGUUUCACAAGGCCAGUCUCAAACUCGGCCUCGAUCGCGCCGUGUUGACGCACAUGCGGCAAGAACAAGAUAAGGAGAGCAAAAAUGCAAAAGCGAUGGUCAAGUCCAAGGCACAAGAGGCGCAGGAAAUCGACGAAUUGCUCAAGCGCGGUGCAUACGACGUCUUUCGAGACGACGACGAAGCGUCCGAGCAGUUUUGUGCCGCCGACAUUGACACGCUGCUCCAACGAAGCUCCCAAAUCGUUGAGUACGAGUCGCAGGCGCGUGGGUCGUUUUCAAAGGCCAGUUUUGUCUCGGCUGCCACGUCCGACGACGUUGAUAUCGACGACCCUGACUUUUGGAAAAAAGCGGUCGGGCUCGCGGAACCAGACGUUCUGGACGAGUCGGCGUCACUCGUCCUGAGUUCGCAGCGCAAGCGGACGCGUGUGGCUCGAUUUGGGACGAAGGAGGUCAUGUCAGACGACGACGAUGACGACGACAAGGACUCGAUGACCAAGAAGGACAAGGACGGCAAGGACUUGGACAAACCACCGAAACUCGAAGUGUCGCGGGAGUGGACCGUCAAUGGCCGCGACCGACUGCAACGCGCGUUGAUGCAUUUUGGCUUUGGUCGAUGGGAGAUCAUUCGCAGCCAGAGUGGUGGAAGCCGCACCGUGGAAGAAGUGGAGAUGUUUGCGCGGGCGUUCGUGCUCUUGUGCGGGUUAUGCUGCGCAGGAGUGCAGCCGACGGACGCGCCAUUUGUUCAAAGUGCGAUCUUGGCGGCGACGCACGUCAAGCAUGAGUACUUGACCGAGGCGGAAGCGUGGACAGAUCACGCCACCAAGACAAUUCCACUGGUCCUUCAAGAAGACGAAUUUGUGCUCAAACUCAAGCAAGGCGGCGCUCGUCGCGUCCUGAGUCGACUGGACAUUCUAAGUCGGCUGCAGGUCAAGUUGGUCGCAUCGUGCGCGGCGCUGGAGAAGGAGCGCGAAGACGAGCCACCGCAUGGCUUGGUCGACUUGGACGCGCGGGUCGAGUUUCUAGGCAUGGACAACGUGCUCAACCGGCUGGACUUUGCAAUUGGAUCGGAUCGGCCGCAAUGGUCGAACUUGACGCCGUGGUGGGAUUCAGUGGCGGACAAGAGUUUGUGCAUCGGCGUGUUUUUGCAUGGCUAUGGCCGGUGUGCCCAGAUCAUAAGCGACCCGCGGCUGUGCUUUCACCAGCGCGAGGCCGAGCACAAUGGCGAAGGAAGCGACGUUGCAGAAGACAAGUUUCCCCAGCCCGAAGUUCAACAAAUGAACCGGUUGCUCAUUUGGCUGCUCUCAAUUGAAGACGUCCAGCGCCAGAAACAGCAAGAGAAGAAGGAAAAGUCAAUGUCGGACAUGCAAAAGAUCAACACGCUGGACCAAUCGCAGAAACUCGCCGCCCAACGUCGCCAGGAAGCCAUCACGUGGCAGUUCCUCCACCUCGACCUCAUGCGACACGCCGUGGCGCUCGCCAACGCCAAAGUCUGGCACGCCAUUCGCGAAGAAGGCACGACGAAAGCGAUCAAAGAAUGGAGCACCGCCGAACGACAGAGCAUCUGCUACGUCUUGAGCGUCCGAGGCGCGCCACUUGUUGUCGACAGCGCUAGCCAGUGGAGCUGGUACUUGCUCGUGUCGGCUUCGCACAUCCACAAGUCGGCGCUCCGGGCCCAACGAUACGUGUAUGACCGCGUGUUGGCCAAGUGCAAGGAACUAAUCCUCAAGGACUCGUCGGCCGUGGCCAGACCCAACGAGAUCCAGUUUGUCGAUCCGUAUCAAGCGGCGUCGUUGCACGGUGCGAAAGCCAAGCAAAUGGCGUUUUUGCUCCUCCGACGCACACAAAUCUACCGCACCGUGUCGUACUUGCUCCAGCACGAACGGGACGAACUGGACUCGGUCUUGCGUUCAGGAGAUGUCGUCCUGACUGAACGCAUGCCUGUGUGGUGGUGCCCCUGGAUUCACGACGCCGCGCUGUUGGAAGCGAUGCUCACGCAUGGCGUGGGGUCGUUCCUGGAGCUGCACAAACACAAGGCUCUGCAUGUCGACGCAGUCUUUGACCACGUCGUUCGCGUGUUUCUCACUGGGGAUGGCGCGACCCAACUCCCGGCGCUCAACCCAUCCAUGUUCCCGACGGACGCCGACAAAUUUGCAUGGGCGCGACAAACGAGUCUCGAGUUUCCGCCCGUGGACAUUCUGGAGAAGAAGGUCAUGCGUCUGUGUUUGAUGCUGACGGAGGAACUCCUGCCAACUCACGAGGCCAAGUUUAGUAUGGAGAACGACGUCGCCACCGCAGUGUUGCCCAUGACUAUGAUUGAUGCCGUCGUGAAAGACCAGCGAACGACCGCUCUGGCCGCUCGAUUCGAGGCCGAGCAAGUUGCUCCGACGUCGUCGCCGACAGAAGACCUUAUGGCGUUUGUUGCACGGACAAAAACCGCGCGGGAUUUGUACGAAAAGCAGCAGCGCAUCGUGUCCCAUUGAACAGAGUUCUGAUACCCAAA